AGCUAUGCUGCUCCAAUCAAAACUGAAAAUGUUUUUAAUGUCUGAGCAAUCUUAAGAGUAUUGAUUGAAGUGGACAGGAUGCCUGCCUGGCUGAUCUCUCUGAUGAGUAUUGAAGUACUACUUUUGGCAGUACCUCACCUGACUUUACACAUUGAACCUGAAGAAGGUAGUCUUGCAGGGGGAACAUGGAUCACAGUCAUUUUUGAUGGUUUGGAGUCGGGUAUUCUCUACCCCAACAAUGGCUCUCAAUUGGAGAUAUACCUGGUGAAUGCGAGCAUAGUGGUGUCUGCACUGCUAAGUAUCCCCUGUGAUGUCUUUCCUGUUUUCUUGGAUUUCCCUGUGGUGACAUGCCGGACCAGAUCUCUGCGAUCUGAAGCACACGAGGGUCUGUAUUCCCUGGAAGCAUACUUCGGGGGUCAGUUGAUAAGCAGCCCAAGUCCAGGACUACGAGACAGGUGUACUUUCAAGUUUUCCAAGGCACAGACACCCAUCGUUCACCAAGUUUAUCCCUCAAGUGGAGUUCCAGGAAAACUAAUACAUGUAUAUGGCUGGAUUAUCACUGGAAGAUUGGAAACUUUUGAUUUUGAUGCUGAGUACAUUGACAGCCCAGUGAUCUUGGAAGCUCAAGGAGACAAAUGGGUUACUCCUUGCUCUCUUGUAAACAGGCAGACGGGAAGCUGUUAUCCUAUUCAGGAGGACCACGGUCUUGGGACUCUGCAGUGCCAUGUGGAAGGCGAUUACAUAGGCUCCCAGAAUGUUAGCUUCUCAGUAUUUAACAGAGGCAAGUCAAUGGUCCACAAGAAGGCAUGGCUGAUCAGCGCUAAACAGGACCUUUUCCUGUACCAGACACACUCAGAAAUAUUAUCUGUGUUUCCAGAAACUGGGAGCCUUGGGGGAAGAACAGACAUCACAAUUACAGGAGACUUCUUUGACAGUUCCGCCCAAGUUACCAUCGCAGGUAUUCCAUGUGAUAUUAGACAUGUGUCUUCCAGGAAGAUUGAGUGCACCACUCGGGCUCCAGGAAAAAAUGCGAGGCUCACCUCCCCUCAGCCAGGCAAUCGAGGGCUUCUUUUUGAAGUUGGAGAUGCUGUUGAGGGAUUGGAACUGACGGAAGCCACCCCAGGGUACAGGUGGCAGAUUGUCCCUAAUGCCAGUUCUCCAUUUGGGUUUUGGUCAAAGGAAGGACAACCUUUCAGUGCACGGCUCAGUGGGUUCUUUGUGGCUCCAGAGACAAAUAAUUACACUUUCUGGAUUCAGGCAGACAGCCAAGCUUCCUUGCAUUUCAGCUGGUCAGAGGAACCAAGGACUAAGGUGAAAGUGGCCUCCAUCAGCGUUGGCACUACUGACUGGUUUGACUCCUGGGAACAGAAUAGGGAGGAAGGGACCUGGCAGCAGAAGACUCCCAAGUUGGAGCUGUUGGGUGGAGCCAAGUACUACCUGGAAGCAGAGCAUCACGGGUUAGCCCCAAGUACAGGGAUGAGGAUUGGUGUCCAGAUUCACAACACCUGGCUGAAUCCUGAUGUGGUCACCACUUACCUCCGGGAGAAGCACCAGAUCCGAGCCCAAGCCCAGAGGCUUCCAGAAGUACAGGUGCUGAAUGUGUCAGGCAGAGGAAGCUUCUUCCUUACUUGGGACAAUGUCUCUAGUCAGCCAAUCCCUGCAAAUGCCACAGCUCAUCUGAUUCAAACAACAAUUGAGGAGUUACUUGCAGUCAAAUGCAAACUGGAACCCCUUUCAGCUAACAUCCUUCUCCGACUUGGAUUUGAACGAGGCCCAGAAGUUUCCAGCUCUGAUGGGGACCUCACCAGUGGGACGGAGCCCUUCUGUGGCAGGUUCAGCCUCCGUCAGCCUCGACACAUUGUCCUAACUCCCUCGGCUGCCCAGAAGGGCUAUCGGCUGGAUCAGUAUACACAGCUGUGUCUUGCAUACAAAGGCCACACAAACAAGAUCCUGAAGAUGACUGUGUCCUUCACAAUUGGCUUUCAAAACAUGGUGAAGAACACCACCUGUGACUGGAGUCUCAUGAGGACCAGCCCCAAGAGCUGGCAGUUCCGCUGCACUGACCUCUGGGAGACGUGUGUGCGUUGCUCCGGGGAUCUCCAGCCCCCUCUGGCAAACUCCCCAGUGCUGGUUCAUCAGAUUGACCUUCUCCCACUGGCUCAGGAGACAGGCCUGUUCUAUGUGGAUGAAAUUAUUAUUGCAGACACAAACUUAACAGUUUCUCAAGCUGAUUCUGGAACGGCUCGCCCAGGGGGGAAUCUCGUGGAAUCAGUCUCUGUGGCGGGAUCCCCUCCGGUCUACAGUGUCACCUCCUGGCUGGCGGGGUGUGGCACGGAGCUCCCGCUCAUCACUGCACGCUCUGUGCCCACUGAAGGAAUAGAACAGGGAUCUGGACUGGCCCUGGUGACGACCCAGAGACGACAGCGGACGAGUCCACCUCUAGGAGGACACUUUCGCAUCCAGCUUCCUAAUACAGUGAUUUCUGAUGUCCCUGUACACAUUUCUGCUCAUCACCUUCACCAGCUAUUACAGAAUAAUGCUGAUGACUUCACAUCCAGGUACCUCAAUGCCAGUGACUUCACCGUGAAGGAGGAUGUAAACACUUGCUACGAACACGUAUGGACCUUGUCCUGGUCCACUCAGACUGGGGAUCUGCCCAAUUUUAUCAGGGUCUCUGAUGAAAACCUUACUGGAGUGAACCCUGCUGCAGCCACUCGUGUGGUAUAUGAUGGUGGAGUUUUUCUUGGACCCAUAUUUGGAGACAUGUUGGCUACUGCCAACCAGCAUAGUCAGGUGGUUGUGCGAGUGAAUGACAUACCAGCUUAUUGCUCAGGUUCCUGCUCUUUCCAGUACCUCCAAGGGUCAACUCCCUGGGUCCAUUCUGUGUGGUACUCCAUUGAUGGUGACAUCAACCUAAUGGUUUAUAUUACCGGAACUGGUUUCUCUGGUGACUCCCAGUACUUGGAGCUUACAGUGAAUAAAACAAAUUGCAAAGUUAUUUUCUCAAACCAGACCAAUGUAGUCUGUCAGAUAGACUUGCUACCUGUUGGAGUGCAUCGGAUCUUGAUGUUGGUGAGACCCUCUGGACUUGCUGUCAAUGCCACUGGAGAAGACCUCUUCCUGAAUGUGGAACCCAGACUGGAUGCUGUGGAGCCUUCCACAGCUGCAGAGACUGGAGGGCUCUGGGCCACCAUCCGAGGCUCUAGUUUGGAAGGCGUUAGCCUGGUAUUAUUUGGAUCUUACUCAUGUGCCAUCAAUGUCACUAUAAGCAAUUCAAGCAGAAUUCAGUGCAAAGUUCCACCCAGGGGGAAAGAUGGACACAUUGUGAAUGUGACUGUGAUCAGAGGGGAUUAUUCUGCAGUUCUUCCCAGAGCAUUUACAUAUGUCUCUUCGUUAAAUCCAGUUAUCGUGACUCUGAGCAGAAACACAAGCAACAUAGCAGGCGGUGAAACUCUGGUCAUUGGAGUGGCGUUGCUGGUGAACUACACGGAUUUGGAUGUGGAAGUCCACAUCCAGGAUGCCUUGGCUCCGGUUCACACGCAGGCAGCUUGGGGCCUGGAGGUGGCACUGCCACCACUGCCAGCUGGCCUCCACAGAAUUUCCGUCUCUAUCAAUGGGGUCAGCAUUCGCUCACAAGGGGUUGAUCUCCACAUCCGGUACAUCACAGAAGUUUUCAGCAUUGAGCCUUGCUGUGGGUCCCUCUUGGGAGGGACCAUCCUCAGCAUCUCAGGAAUAGGCUUCAGCAGGGACCCAGCUUUGGUUUGGGUACUUGUAGGCAAUCGGUCCUGUGAUAUUGUGAACUUAAUGGAGGCGAGCAUCUGGUGUGAAACCCCGCCAGCCCCCCAGAUGCCCCAUGCAGGCACUCCCACUGUCCCAGCUGCCGUGGAGGUCUGGGUCGGUAACAGGUCCUUCACCAGUGGUCCUUCACCAAGCUUGGUGGGAAACAGUUUCACCUUCACGUAUGAAGCAGCGGCAACACCGCUCGUCACUGCCCUGCAAGCAGAAAUCACAAAUAGCAGCGUGCGCCUGUGUGUGGGAGGAAGUAACCUCUCCAACUCAGUCAUCCUCCUGGGGAGGCUGAACUGCGAUGUCAAUACACAGUCCUUCCAGAGCAACGCGAGCCUGUCUGGAUGCUCCAUCCCUCUUCACAGUCUGGAAGCGGACAUCUAUCCUCUCCAAGUACGUCACAAGCAGAUGGGAUUUGCUAAUAUGUCUGCGGUGCCCCAGCAAUUUGCAAUGACACCUCGGAUAAUGGCCAUUGUCCCAUCGCAGGGCUCGGCAUGCGGCGGGACCAUACUUACUGUGAGGGGGUUGCUUUUUAACUCUAGAAGGAGGUCAGUUCGGGUUGACCUGUCGGGUCCUUUUACUUGUGUGAUUUUGCGUUUGGGAGACCGUACCAUUCUCUGCCAGGUUACUCUGGCGGGUGACCCCUUGCCUGGAGCUUCCUUUACCCUGAAUGUCACAGUCCUGGUCAAUGGGCUAACCAGUGAGUGUCAGGGCAAUUGCACUUUCUUCGUGCAGGAAGAGGCAAGUCCUGUUAUGGACGCCUUGACCACAAACACCAGUGGGUCACUGACUACUGUGCUGAUGAGGGGUCAGAGGUUAGGCACCACAGCUGAUGAGCUGAUGGUAUUUGUGGAUGAUCAACUUCCUUGCAAUGUAACUUUUUUAAAUGCAAGCCACGUGGCAUGCCAGAUGAGAGACUUGGCCCCAGGACUCCACUACCUGUCAGUUUUUUAUGCAAGAAAUGGAUAUGCUUGUACUGGUAAUGUUUCCAGACACUUCUACAUUAUGCCUCAAGUGUUUCAUUAUUUUCCUAAGAAUUUCAGCAUACAUGGCGGAGGCCUCUUGACCAUAGAGGGCACAGGCCUGAGAGGACAGAACACCACGUCUGUCCACAUUGACCAGCAGACCUGCCUGAUGGUGAACAUCAGUGCUGAGCUCAUCCAGUGCAUUGUUCCCACAGGGAAUGGCUCUGUUGCUCUGGAAAUAGAGGUGGAUGGACUUUUGUAUCACAUAGGAGUCGUUGGUUACAGCAAUGCCUUUACCCCAGAACUGCUCUCUAUUUCUCAGAGGGAUGACAUCUUAACUUUUGCAGUGGCCCAGAUCUCAGGAGCUGCAAACAUUGACAUUUUUGUAGGGAUGUCACCCUGCGUGGGUGUCUCUGGUAACCACACCGUUCUCCAAUGUGUGGUCCCUUCCCUUCCGGCCGGGGAGUACCAUGUCAGAGCCUAUGACUACAUCAGAGGGUGGGCCUCAUCUGUCCAGGUGUUCACCUCAAGAGUUAUUAUCACAGCUGUGACUGAGAACUUUGGCUGCCUGAGUGGAAGGCUGGUGCAUGUGUUUGGAGCAGGAUUUUCUCCAGGGAAUGUCUCAGCUGCUGUGUGUGGUGCUCCCUGCCGAGUCCUGGCUAAUGCUACAGUGUCUGCCUUCAGCUGCUUGGUUCUGCCCCUGGAUGUGUCCUUGACUUUCCUGUGUGACGUGAAGCAUGAGGAGGACAGCUGUGAGGCCGCCAGACACACCUAUGUGCAGUGUGAUUUUACAGUUGCCGUGGGGACAGAGCAACUGCUCAAAUCGUGGCCUUACCUCUACAUUUGCGAGGAAAGUUCCCAAUGCCUCUUUGUGCCAGAUCAUUGGGCAGAGUCAAUGUUUCCAUCGUUCUCAGGCCUCUUUAUCAGCCCUAAAGUGGAAAGAGAUGAAGUUCUCAUCUAUAAUAGCUCCUGUAACAUUACCAUGGAAACUGAGGCAGAGAUGGAGUGUGAGAUGCCCAAUCAGCCAAUUACCGUCAAGAUUACUGAGAUACGGAAACGCUGGGGCCAGAACACUCAGGGCAACUUUCCUUUACAGUUCUGCCGGAGAUGGUCCAGGACUCACAGCUGGUUUCCUGAAAGGCUGCCACAAGAUGGCGACAACGUCACAGUGGAGAACGGCCGAUGGCUUCUGCUGGACACGAACACAAGCAUCCUUAACUUACUGCACGUUAAAGGGGGCAAGCUGAUUUUCCUGGCCCCAGGACCCAUCGAGCUCAGAGCGCAUGCCAUCCUUGUUUCUGACGGUGGAGAGCUCCGGAUUGGAUCCAAAGACAAGCCAUUCCAAGGCAGAGCUCAGAUCACACUCUAUGGGAGUCCCCACUCAAUUCCCUUCUUUCCCUAUGGAGUCAAGUUCCUGGCUGUGAGGAAUGGAACUCUUUCCCUGCAUGGUUCACUACCAAAAGUAAUUGUCACCCAUCUUCGAGUAGCUGCUCAUGCCCGAGACACAGUGUUGGCUUUAGAAGAUGCUGUGGACUGGCACCCUGGAGAUGAAGCUGUCAUCAUCAGUGGAACCAGUGUUGAAGGUGCCAGACCAGUGGAAGAGAUUGUCAUUGUAGAAACUGUGCAGGAUACAGACCUCUAUCUUAAGUCACCUUUGAGGUAUUCUUACAACUUGACAGAGAAUUGGGUGGCUGGAGAGCACCAUAUUUUAAAGGCCACUGUGGCUCUGCUCAGCAGGAGUAUUACCAUACAAGGAAAUCUCACUAAUGAGAGGGAGAAGCUGCUUGUUUCAUGCCAGGAGGCCAAUGCUCCAGAAGGUCAUUUGCAGCACUGUUUGUACUCCAUGAGUGAGAAGACUCUGGGAUCCAGGUAUAUGGGAGCCAGAGUCAUUGUUCAGUCCUUCCCAGAAGAGCCCAGUCGGGUCCAGUUGAAGGGAGUGCAGUUAAGAGUCUUGGGGCAAGCCUUCCAUAAGCAUCUGAGCUCACUGAUUCUGGUGGGCACCAUGAGAGAGUCUUUCAUACAGGGCUGCACAGUGUGGAACUCCUUCAGUAGAGGCCUCAGCAUGUGUAGGACCUUGGGCCUGAAGGUGGACAGUAACGUAUUCUACAAUAUUUUAGGUCAUGCACUGCUGGUUGGGACAUGCAUGGAGAUGAGACAUAUCUCUUGGGAGGCAAUUGGUGGAAGGAAAGAUGACUGGUCGGGACAUGGAAAUACAAUAAGAAACAACAUAAUCAUCCGGGUUUCUGGUGCUGAGGGACUCUCCAAUCCUGAAAUGUUGACACCAUCUGGCAUCUAUAUCCGCAGUCCCACGAAUGUUAUAGAGGGGAACAGAGUGUGUGCUGCUGGCUAUGGCUACUUUUUCCAUCUCGUGACCAGCCAGACAUCACGAGCUCCACUUCUUUCCUUCACUCAGAACAUUGCACAUUCUUGUACCAGGUGUGGUCUCUUUGUAUACCCUAAAUUUCAGCCACCUUGGAAUAAUGUCACUGGCACCACCCUGUUCCAGAACUUUACAGUUUGGGAAAGUGCAGGUGGUGCCCAGAUUUUUAGAAGUAGCAAUCUUCACCUGAAAAACUUCCAAGUUUAUUCAUGCAGAGAUUUUGGAAUUGACAUCUUGGAAAGUGAUGCAAAUACUUCAGUUACUGACAGCUUAUUACUUGGUCAUUUUGCCCACAAGGGAAGCCUGUGUAUGUCAUCUGGGAUUAAAACUCCUAAAAGAUGGGAACUGAUGGUGUCUAACACGACCUUUGUUAAUUUUGAUCUCAUCAACUGUGUGGCCAUUAGAACCUGUUCAGGCUGUUCCCGAGGACAAGGUGGAUUUACUGUGAAGACUAGCCAGUUGAAGUUUACAAACUCUUCAAACUUAGUGGCAUUUCCGUUUCCUCAUGCAGCAAUUUUGGAAGACUUGGAUGGGUCUCUGUCUGGGAAAAAUAGGAGUCACAUUCUUGCUUCUAUGGAAACGCUUUCAGCUUCUUGUUCGGUCAAUGCAAGCUUUGGUCGUGUUGUCCAUGGCAGUGCCUGUGGAGGAGGUGUUCUUUUUCAUCGUAUGUCAAUUGGUUUAGCAAAUACUCCUGAGGUUUCUUGUGAUUUAACCAUGACUGACAGCAGAAAUAAAACAACUACUGUCAAUUAUGUACGUGAUACAUUGUCUAACCCUUAUGGCUGGAUGGCCCUGCUCUUGGACCAAGAGACCUACUCAUUGCAUUUCGAGGACCUGUGGAUCAACAGAUCUCUGCAGUACUCAGCAACCUUUGACAACUUUGCUCCUGGUAAUUACCUAUGGCUGGUGCACACAGAUUUGCCGCCCUACCCUGACAUCCUCCUAAAAUGUGGGAGUCGAGUGGGUCUGUCUCUUCCAUUUCUUCCAUCACCAGCUCAGAACCAAGGCUGUGACUGGUUCUUCAGUAGCCAGUUGAGGCAACUCACCUAUCUGGUUUCAGGUGAAGGCCGAGUUCAAGUAAUUCUCCAGGUGAAGGAAGGCAUGCCCCCAACUAUUUCAGCUUCUACUUCUGCACCUGACUCAGCUUUAAAAUGGUCCCUCCCCGAAACAUGGCAAGGUGUUGAAGAAGGCUGGGGAGGACACAACAAUACCAUUCCAGGCCCUGGAGAUGACGUUCUCAUUUUACCCAACAGAACUGUCCUUGUGGAUACAGAUCUUCCAUUCUUCAAAGGGCUGUAUGUGAUGGGGACCUUAGACUUCCCUGUGGACAGAAGCAAUGUUCUGAGUGUGGCAUGCAUGGUCAUUGCAGGUGGAGAGCUGAAAGUUGGUACUUUAGAAAAACCCUUAGAAAAGGAACAAAAGCUUCUGAUUCUCCUUAGAGCCUCAGAGGGAGUCUUCUGUGACCGUUUGAAUGGAAUUCAUAUUGAUCCAGGAACAAUUGGGGUUUAUGGGAAAGUUCAGCUUUACAGUGCUUAUCCUAAAAACUCCUGGACACAUCUUGGAGCUGACAUUGCCUCAGGAAAUGAGAGACUCAUACUAGAGGAUGCAGUGGAUUGGCGCCCCCAUGACAAAAUCGUCCUUAGCUCAUCUUCUUAUGAGCCUCAUGAAACAGAGGUCCUCACUGUGAAAGAAGUCAAAGGCCACUAUGUGAGGAUCCAUGAACGGCUCAAGCACCGACACAUUGGAAGUGUCCAUGUCAUGGAGGAUGGCCGACACAUUCAUUUGGCUGCUGAAGUUGGGCUGUUGACCCGAAAUAUACAAAUUCAGCCUGACGUAUCAUGUAGGGGGAGACUACUUGUGGGGUCCUUCAGGAAGUCCAGCCGAGAAGAAUUUUCAGGUGUCCUUCAACUUCUUAAUGUGGAAAUUCAGAACUUUGGGUCAUCACUGUACUCAUCUGUCGAAUUCAGUAAUGUGUCAACAGGAUCCUGGAUCAUCUCAUCUACUCUGCACCAGAGCUGUGGCGGGGGCAUUCAUGCAGUUGCUAGUCAUGGAGUACGUUUAAAUGACAAUAUUGUGUUUGGCACAGCUGGCCAUGGCAUUGAUUUAGAGGGUGAGGCCUAUUCUCUCGCUAAUAACCUUGUGGUUCUGAUGACACAGCCAGCGUGGUCCAACAUUUGGGUGGCAGGAAUCAAAGUGAACCAGGUAAAGGACAUCAACCUCCAUGGCAACGUUGUGGCAGGAUCAGAGAGACUUGGCUUUCACAUCCGAGGCUACAAAUGCUCCUCUUGUGAGGUGCUUUGGUCUGACAACGUGGCCCACUCAAGUCUUCAUGGCCUUCAUCUCUAUAAGGAAAGUGGACUCAACAACUGUACCAGAAUCUCUGGCUUCUUGGCUUUCAAGAACUUUGACUAUGGUGCCAUGUUACAUGUAGAGAACAGUGUAGAGAUAGAGAACAUCACCCUGGUAGACAAUACUAUUGGUCUUUUGGCAGUAGUGUAUGUAUUUUCUGCUCCACAAAACUCCAUUAAAAAUGUGCAGAUUGUGCUUAGGAACUCAGUCAUUGUCGCCACCAGCUCUUCUUUUGACUGCCUUCAGGACAAAGCGAAGCCUCACUCUGCUAACUUGACAUCAUCAGAUAGAGCUCCUUCCAAUCCAAGAGGAGGUCGAAUUGGUAUUCUGUGGCCUGUAUUCACCUCAGAGCCAAAUCAGUGGCCUCAGGAGCCAUGGCACAAAGUGAGGAAUGACCAUUCAAUUUCAGGAAUCAUGAAGCUUCAGGAUGUUACCUUUUCUAGUUUUGUGAAGAGUUGCUAUAACGAUGACCUGGAUGUCUGCAUUCUACCAAAUGCAGAAAACACUGGAAUCAUGCACCCAAUAACAGCAGAGAGGACCACGAUGCUAAAGAUGAAAGAUAAAAACAAGUUCUACUUUUCUCCAUUACAACCCAGGAAAGAUUUUGGAAAAGUAGUCUGCCCUGAAUUAGACUGUGCAAGUCCGAGAAAGUAUCUCUUCAAGGACCUGGAUGGGAGAGCCCUGGGCCUGCCUCCACCAGUUUCUGUAUUUCCUAAAACAGAGGCAGAAUGGACUGCAUCCUUCUUCAAUGCAGAGUUGAAGUCUGCUAAUCUGCUGCCAAUACACCUGUGUUACAGGAAUGCUAAGUCAUUAUGUGAUCUCACAGCCUUACUGCUGUGCCUUCUGAGAUUGCCUGUGUCUGUGUCAAAGGUGCAGAUUCUCAAUGCCCAGCUCUGUGCACAGCUGGAUGGACAAUGCUCUCCCAGCUCGGGCACUUGGGCCUGA